AUGAUCAUCAGCAGCCCCAAGUACAACGUCUCCGAAUACCACGAAGCCUUCUACGUCACCCAUCUAAGUCUGACGAUCAGGAACUUCAGCAAAGAGGACGUCAAUACCUACCGAUGCGUCGCCAGCAACUCCCUGGGUCGACUGAUUCCUCUGUCCAUGUGUAUGAGAUCCCCCAGGAGCCUCGCAUUAACAAGAACAAGGACGACUCACGCCUCGAGAACCACAUCCCGAGCUCCGAGUACGAGAGCAACACCAAGAACGACUUCGCCUUCUACACCGACCUCGAGGACUCCAAGGUCGACGCCACCUACAGAGACCCUUAUCCCUCGGGGUCCGGCCUCCAGCCCACGGGGAAGGAGAAGGAGGCGCCGGCGAAGGAGGCGAACUCCCACCAGCAACCUUCAGGAAUCAUCACGUUCCCGAUGUUUAACAGCAGCCAUCCCAAGGGCUCCGCGUUGGCGUCCUGGGGCUCCUUCGGCCUCCUGUUGCUCUGUCACGUCUUGGCGAGUUAUCCUUCGCUGUUGUUCUGA